AUGGGGAAAUUAUUCGUCUUAACCAACCACAACAUUAACACGGGUAUGAUGAGGAUCCCAACCACAGAGAAGGCAGUGUUCAUACAUGGGAAUUUGGUUGGGAGGAGGAUGAUUACCAAAAUCAGUACGAUGGGAGAUAUGCUGGUAAAUCAAAGACAUCACAUCCCGCAACCGAUUCCACAAAAUCAAGUUCAUAAUGGAGUCCCGCAGUUUAAUGCAGGAAGAGCUAAUAAUCGGUUUAGGGGCGAGCAGAUACAAUUUGUGGAUGGUGUCCCACAAGUCGUUCAAGGGGCACCAAUUCAAGGCGUGGAAGGUCACUGUCGACCAGUUGUAGUACCGAACUCGUCGGCUAUAGUCACACCGGUUGGAAAUAAUAACCGACCUUUUGAGGUAAGGCCUCAAUACUUAGGCCAUUUGCCAGAAUUCUAUGGAAAAAGGACCGAAGAACCAUACUUGCACAUUGCAAGUUUUGAUUCAAUUUGCCAAACAAUUGGGGUUCCGGGGUUUACAAAGGAUGAAGUUAAGUUGAUGCUGUUUCAGUUCACCUUGAAAGACAAAGCUCGACAAUGGUUCACGACAUUACCUCCAGGUAGUAUUUACACUUGGCAAGAGAUGCAGCUGUUGUUUUUGGAGGAAUACUACACCAUGAAUAGAACUAGUGAAGCUCGAGAUGCAAUCAGAGCAUUCCAGCAACAUUCAGGGGAACCGUUCCAUGAGGCGUUCACAAGGUUUAAGGAGUUGCUUAGGAAAUGCCUACAUCAUGAAAUUCAGACAUGGGAAUUAAUUAAGGCGUUUUAUGAUGGGCUACUUCCUGAUGAUGUAAGAGAUCUCAUCGCCAUUAGUAAUGGUACGUUUCUUACAAACACAGAGGCUGCAGACUGGGCAUACUUGGAGAGACAAAGUGCUACUUCUAAGAGACAGGCACAAUCAAGCAGGAGGGCAAGGUCAAGUUCGGCAAAGUCAGUCGAUUAUGAAGCUGAGGAACGGGUCGAGAAGUUGAGGCAACAAAAUUUAUUGCUUGAGCGGCAGGUAGCUCAAAUGAAUCUCGGAAAGGGAGGUGAAGUUAAACCCGCCAAUACAUUUGCGGUAUGUACUGAGUGUGGAGAGUUAGGGCAUCAAGUCGGAGAGUGUGUUGUGUUGGGUGGUCAGACUGAAGAAGUGAACCAACUGUACGGUGAACAAAAGCAAUAUGAUAUGAAAUCGAAUACAUAUCAUCCAGGUUUGCGAAACCACCCCAAUUUUAGUUAUGGUAAUUCUGCUAACCAGUUGAACCCAAAUUUUCAGGUACCUAACCAAGGAGGUCAACAAUAUCAGAAUCGGCAAGGAAAUUACCAGCAAGGAGGUUACCAGAAUCGGGGCCAAUACAAUCAAGGGCCUCAAGCCGACAACCAACAGCAAAAUCAAGGCAAUUAUCAAGGGAGUUGGAGGAAUCAAGGUAACCAGCAAGGUAAUUCUUCAGGUGGUGGAGGCGACUCGAGUGAUUUGAAGCUAGAUGCGAUCAUGUCAUUUAUGAAGGAUAUUCAAAAGGAUAAUGAAGUUCGAGACAAAACUUUAGAAGCAAUGCAGAAACAGUUGGGUAUCACAAUUACUCCACCAUCACAAUUAGUUGAGGAGGUGGUGGAGGAUGUUGGUAAUAGAUCGGACUCUCAACAUGAUCGGGACCCACCAAGGGAUGAAAGGUGGGAAAGCUUUAAACAAGCUAAAAUUAAUCUACCCUUACUUGAUGCGAUUAAAGAGAAUCCCGAUCAAGUUGAGUUUCUGAAAGAGUUAAGUACCCAAAAACGACUUCACAAGUUUCCUAAAAAGCUUGAUUUGACUGCAAAUGUGAAUGCCGUUUUGUUGGGUACCCUUCCCCCAAAACUCCAAGAUCCAGGAGCACCCAUUAUUUCAGUACAAGUGGGUGAAUUUAAAAUAGAAAGUGCACUAUCGGAUCUUGGAGCGUGUGUUAGUAUUCUACCAGGGAGUCUUUACGACCAAUAUGAUUUUGGUCUGCUACAAAAAGUCAACACCACCGUGGUAUUGGCUGAUCAGACUCCCAUGUGUCCGAGGGGGAUUGUAAGAGAUGUAAUUGUGAAGGUAGAAGAUUGUUACUACCCAGUUGACUUCUUAGUGCUGGAUUGUGCCACAAGUUCAAAGAACACGCACUCUCCAGUCAUUCUGGGUACACCAUUCUUAGCGACUGCUCAUGCAAUUAUAAACUGCGUUGAUGGAACGGUAAGUAUGAAGUUUGGUGACCGCGAAUUGCGGUUAAAUGUGUUUUCAAAUGCUACUGAUCCUCUUAUUACAGGUGAACACUCAAAAGCUGAAAGUGGUGAAGGAAAGUUUGAAGUGGCAGAACGCAAAGCGGUGAGGAAAAAGGAAAGUGUGGCUCAUGAGAAGUUCAAGACAAACAAAGGGAAGCCACGAGGGAGGAAGAAGGAAAAGAAACCGCCGGAAUGUGAUAAUGCAAAACAGAGGUUAAAGUUAUUCGGUCCAAUGUGGAAUACAGUGGAUGACUUACUAGAGCAUUGGCGGGGUACCUACUUAGAGGCCGUGGGACGCAAACAUCCCACUCGACCACCAUGA